AUGACUCCCUGCUGGCUGACACUUGCUCUUCAUCUCGGCCUGGCGGCCUCGAUUUCCAAUGCCAACCAUGCGUGCCACGCCUUGGAGAAGGCUGUCCCCGGAAGCGUUGCCGUUCCUGGCUCGGCCGCCUACCUUGAGGCCGGCAGAUACUGGUCGGAGAGACAAGCCGAGCUGCGGCCCAGUUGCUUCUUCAUCCCGGCCGACACGCAAGAGGUCUCCCGGGGCAUGAAAGUGCUGACCGGCCUCGACACUCCCUUUUCCGUCAAGAGCGGAGGGCACACGGCGUUCGAGGGGGGCUCCAGCUCCGACGCCGGCGUCACAAUCGAUCUCGUCCGUCUCAACGGCAUCGUCGUGUCCGAGGACCGCAGAACGGUGUCGGUCGGGCCGGGGAACCGCUGGAUCAACGUGUCCAGGACGCUCGACCCCCUCGGCCUGGCCGUCGUCGGCGGCAGGGAGUGCGACGUCGGCGUCGGCGGCCUCGUCCUCGGCGGCGGCAUCUCCUACUUCUCGGGCAGGCAUGGCUGGGCCUGCGACAACGUCGGGGAGUUCGAGGUCGUCCUGUCGUCGGGUCGGGCCGUCAACGCGUCGGCGUCCGAGAACCCGGACCUCUACCGGGCGCUUCGCGGCGGCGGCGGUUCCAACUGGGGCAUCGUCACGCGCUUCGACCUCGUCGCCUUCGAGCAGGGUGCCCUCUGGGCGAGCAGCUUAAUCUUCCCCGCCUCGUCCAACGGCACACUCGUCUCUCGCUUCCGGGAGCUCGCCGUCGACGGACUGGCGACGGACCCCGACGCGCACGCCUACAUGGUUUUCAUGCGUAACCCGACCCUCGGCCGGGACGUCGUCCUCGCCAGCUUCUACCACGCCACGGUUCCGGGAGGCGGCGGCGUUCCCGACGUGUUCGCGCCCUUCCAGUCGGUCCGAGGAGCGCUCGUCAACACGACGGUCGUGGCCGACGUCUCGACCCUUUCCGAGAGCAUCAGGGAACCGUACGGCUCGCGACAGACGUGGUGGGAUACCUCGGUGCGGCUCGGUGCGGGUUCGGCCCGGCUUCUCGAGGACAUACUGCCCCUGUUCGAAGCCCUCUCCGAAAAGCUCCGCUCGGCUCUGGGGUCCGACGACGUGCGCACCCUUCUCGUCUUCCAGCCGAUCCCGACAAACGUCUUGCGGCAGAUGCAGAAGAACGGUGGAAACGCGCUCGGGCUGCACCCCGACGAUGGACCCUUGAUGAUCGUGCAGCUGGCGAUAAAAUGGGACGACGAUCUGGUCGAUGACCUCGUCGAGGCGAGCUCGGCAGAGUUCAUCUCGUCCGUCGAAAGCAUGGCGAAGAGCAGGCAGCUGCUGAAAGGUUACGUGUACAUGAACUACGCCGGCCGAUCGCAGCACGUACUCGAGCGGUACGGGGAGCAGAGUUACCGCAGGCUGAAGGAGACGGCGAAUAAAUGGGAUCCCGAGGGGUUGCUUCAGAAGCUCUGGAAGGGAUACUUUAAGAUCGACGGCGAAUAG